AUAGUUCGUUCAUUCUUGGCAUGCAGAAUGAACACCAGCGAAAAAUUUGAAUUUUUAUCCUUAACCGAUAGUGCGCGGAGUAAGUCGCGUUUUUGUGCAAUUGUUUCUUUUUUUUAUUAUUUUUUUGGUGAUUUUUUGAAAUUUCAGCAUUUAGCUGUGUUAUUCAAGUGCAACAAUGAGAUACAACAUCACAGACGAUGAAGCGGCUCAGAUGCUGACCAGCGAUCAAAUGAUUCUUGAGGGAGCGGAAGGGGAGCAGCAGAUUCUACGGGACAUUAGGACGCAGUAUUCGAAAGUGAUCGAGCUUGAGAAAUCGCUAAUCGAGUAUCGGCAUUGCAUGCAGCGGCUAUCAAUGCAUGUCAUGAAGCAAGGCAGUCUGGUGCAGAGGAUCGAGCACCACGCGCAGAAGGCUCCGCUCAACAUCGAUCAAGGGGUGCACCAGCUCGAGAGGGCCCAAGAGUACAAUCACUCGCUUUCAGCCUCGUGGUUCGUCUUAGUUUUGGGUAUUUUUGUAUUGUUGAAGCUGGUGUUUUAAAUUCAGAAGUGUUUAUUGGAAUAAUUCGCCUACGGGUAGUGAACGAAUCACUGUCUUAAUACUCGCCUACAUGUAGGCUAUCCUAGCAAAUAAUAAAGAAAGUGCAACUAGA